AUGCGGCGGGGACAAGGCAAGCGAAAGGCCGAGGUCACGGAGGUGCCGCCCGUGUCUCGGAGGACGGAGGAAGAGGAGGCGAUACAGAACGCCCGUCGGAGGGCGGCCCCGUCCGUUCGAGAGUUCAAGUACAACAAAAAGCGGGUUCGCCUUGUCUCGCGGGUCUCAGACCUCAAGAAUGAUGCUCGCUGCAUCCUUUAUUGGAUGUGCCGGGAUCAGCGAGUUCAAGAUAACUGGGCUUUCCUCUACGCCCAGCGCCUGGCCCUCAAACAGGAGCUGCCUCUGCACGUCUGCUUCUGCUUGGUGCCCAAAUUUCUAGAGGCCACCAUCCGCCACUACAGGUUCAUGCUGAGGGGCCUGCAGGAGGUAGCGGAGGAGUGUGCAGAGCUGAACAUCUCUUUCCACUUGCUGCUGGGCUAUGCCAAGGACGUGCUGCCCACAUUUGUGGCAGAGCAUGGCGUGGGUGGGCUGGUGACAGACUUCAGUCCCCUGCGCCUCCCCCGACAGUGGGUAGAGGACCUCAGGGAGCGGUUGCCAGAGGAUGUACCAUUUGCACAGGUUGAUGCCCACAACAUCGUGCCGUGCUGGGUUGCCUCCCCCAAGCAGGAGUACAGCGCCAGGACCAUCCGGGGCAAGAUCCACGCUCAGCUCCCUGAGUUCCUCACCGAGUUUCCCCCUGUUGUUCAUCACCCAUAUCUGCCCUCCUGCCCAGCACAGCCCAUCGCUUGGGAGGCCUGUUAUUCGAGCUUGCAGGUGGACCACACCGUGAAGGAGGUGGAGUGGGCAACCCCUGGCACAGCUGCAGGGAUGUCUGUGCUGAAGUCCUUCAUUGCAGAGAGGCUGAAAUCCUUCAGCACCCACAGAAAUGAUCCCAACAAGGCGGCUCUCAGCAACCUGUCCCCAUGGCUUCACUUUGGCCAGGUUUCCACCCAAAGAGCUAUCCUGGAGGUGCAGAAGCACCGGCGUAAUUACAAGGACUCAGUGGAUGCAUUUGUGGAGGAGGCUGUGGUGCGGCGGGAGCUGGCUGAAAACUUCUGCUACUACAAUGAGAACUACGACAGUGUGCAGGGUGCCUAUGACUGGGCUCAAACCACCCUGAAGCUACACGCCAAAGACAAGAGGCCUUAUCUGUACAGUCUGCAGGAGCUGGAGCAGGGGACCACACAUGACCCACUCUGGAAUGCUGCCCAGCUGCAGAUGGUCUCGGAGGGCAAGAUGCAUGGUUUCCUGCGGAUGUACUGGGCCAAGAAGAUCCUGGAGUGGACGCACUCCCCUGAGGAGGCCCUGCAGUUUGCUAUCUACCUCAACGACCGCUAUGAGCUGGACGGGAGGGACCCCAAUGGAUAUGUAGGCUGCCUGUGGUCCAUCUGUGGCAUUCAUGACCAGGGCUGGGCAGAGCGACCCAUCUUUGGGAAGAUUCGCUACAUGAACUACGCCGGCUGCAAGCGCAAGUUCGAUGUGGACCAGUUUGAGCGUCGCUAUGCCCCCACACACCCCCAGUGA